AAAGGGAGACAGUCAGGCGCUGUAGCAAUUUGUAUUAAAAACCCAACCUCUCUUUCUAUGGAACCUUUAGAAGCCUCAGACGCUCUCCGUGGCUUACCCCUGUCCACUUCUCUGUGUUAGCAGCUCUGCGGACUGCCUUGGACGGAGCACAAUAAACCGUUAUAUUAGUACCAUCUCGACUACUUGACAGGAUGAUGGCAUCAGCACGUGUCCUCUGCAGCAUGUUCUUCGUCGUGGGGCUUCUCUCCUACCCAGCGGAUUCCAGACGGAACCGAGGAUCCCAAGGUGCCAUCCCUCAUCCUGACAAAAACAACCCAAACGAAUCAGAGCAGCAGCCUCAGACACCGCAGGCGGGCUCUGGCUCCCAGGGACGGAGAAAAGGCCCCCAUUUAUCCGCAGACGAGGUGCUGGAGUCAAGCCAAGAGGCUCUACAUGUCACCGAGCGCAGAUACCUCAAACUCGACUGGUGCAAGACCCAACCACUGAAACAAACCAUCCACGAGGAAGGCUGCAUCAGCCGCACCAUUAUUAAUCGGUUCUGCUACGGACAGUGCAAUUCGUUUUAUAUCCCCAGACACGUCCGCAAAGAGGAGGGAGCCUUUCAGUCAUGUUCUUUCUGCAAACCAAAGCGAUUUACCACCAUGACUCUUACUUUGAAUUGUCCGGACCAACAGCCGCCAACCAAAAAGAAGCGCGUACAACGCGUAAAGCAGUGUCGCUGUAUCUCGAUAGACCUGGACUAACUCGGACUUCUCGGGACAUGAAACACUGUCAAAGAGAAAUAUCCUGCGACGCGACUCUGGCCUAAUCUGAUACUUAAUAUAAAAUCAGAAAACGAGACUUGUUUCAUACUCACAUCAUGUUCACUAUAGCCUGCGGUUUUCUCUCCAGGCUCUCAAGUCCACCAAUUCACAUGGCACUUCAAUAACCGGAUGGACACAGCAAUGAACACACAGCAAAAUGACAGACUGACACAUCUUUAUCUCCUGUUGACUCUGGGAAGCAUUAAAAGUUGGCUCAGUCCUUGCAUGGAAGCCAAAGGAGAAUAUGAUAUGAUCUUUCGGUCAAACACCUUGGGGGUAGCCUUAAAAGACAACGGCUUUGCCUCUCUGGCUAAAUGUGGUGUGCGCUUUGCCUCUCUGGCUAAAUGUCGCGUGCGCUCUGCCUCUACCCUCCUCUGAAAUGAAUUUAUUGCUUAAGGUUUUUCCACUAUGUGGAAUUGGAGAAACAGUAAGGCGAUUUUAUUUAAUAUCUGGGACACAUAUAAGAAUGUUUUCAACGAAUUUCUCGGAAUAUUAAUUGCUCUAUUAUAUUGCCAGAUCACUGUGCAAUUAUAUAGCCUGUUCGAAUCGCUAUUUAUGGAAUGGGAACCUAAAUGUUAACAUUAGUUUGGCUAUACGAGAAAAAAAAAAACAUGUGUCUUCCUUUUGUUUUAGGAACAAAAAGUUGUACAUAAUGUGUUUAUAAUGUUGUAGAUAGCACGGUUUAUUGUGUUUAUUAAAUGGUAAUCACAUAUAUUGUUCUAAUGUACAACAUUGUUGCUUAUUCAGCGCUUUGGAGAUACAGCAAUAAAACAGAAAACAUUUCGCUUUAA